AUGUCUGGCCAUCGUGCGGAUGCCAGCACUCUUCUCGACAACCGCGGCUAUACCGGCCCUCUAGUCCGCGGCGUCAACCCCGCCACGCUGUUCGAAAAAGCCGUCCGCGACCGCAUCACCGACUCCUACUACUGGAAAGAACAAUGCUUCGGAUUAAACUCUGCGACUCUAUGCGAUCGAGCCGUUGAAUUGACCUGCAUCGGUGGUACAUACGGCGUAUCCGAAAAACCCACCCCAUUCCUCUGCCUAGCCUUCAAGAUGCUCCAGCUCUCACCCGACCGCGACAUGGUCCUCGAAUACCUCAACUUCACCGACCCCGGCAGUGACGACGAAGGAGAAAAUACAGCCUAUGAGCAGGCCCGGAACGGUGUCCUCCAAGACCGAGGCGACUUCAAAUACCUGCGCGCGCUGGCAGCGUUUUAUAUCCGGCUCACCUUUGACGCGGCGGAUGUGUAUAGGGCGUUGGAGCCUCUUCUCCUCGAUUACCGGAAAUUAAAGCGUCGGGUGCGCGACUCGUUCAUGCUCACGCAUAUGGAUCAGUUCGUCGAUGACCUUCUCACCAAGGACCGUGUGUGUGGUACCAGUCUGUGGAAGUUACCGUCGCGGCAGCAGUUGGAGGAUUUGGACUUGCUGGAAGAACGAGUCAGUCCGUUGGCGGCGGAAUUGGAAGAGAUGGACAAUGAGAGCAAUGCGGAGGGUGACGAUGCUAGCGAUGCAGGGUCUGCGAAGAGCAGGAGUGACGAUUGA